AUGCCGAGCGCACACGGCUUUGACGUAUACCUGGAGACCAACAGUGGUGAGGAGUUCCCAGAGUACGGUCAUCAGCACCUGGGCGGCUCAAUCGCACGCAGCAAAACCAUCAGUACCAAAGUCCAAGCCAGAGAUAGACAGAGGUUCCGCAUCAGCGUCGGACUUGAGCUACCUUUCCCCUUCUACGGCGAGAAAGGAAAAGCUGCGCUCAAUCCCACCGACGAGCAGUCAGACAGGAUCGGUGACAGCAUCGGGCGGUACAACUUGAGGUCAUCGCUGUCGGGCAGCAAGAAAGAUCAGAAGCAAGAUCGCGCCAGUAGCAACAACAACAGCAGCAACCGCACACGGAAAGUUCCCUUCAACUUCGUGGCAUGGGUCUAUAUUGAUGGCAACGAAACCCCGGAGUGCAGCCAGAUCCUCUACACCGACUUCAACCAGACGCCCCUUGAGCCGUACACCCUAAGAGGACGGUACACCGCCGCACACAAAGGCCGAUCCUCAGGCAGCCUUCAGCAAGAUAUCAUGGUGCAGGAAUGGUUCUUCACACCGGUGGGCAUCGAUGUUCUUCUCUCCAAGAUGGACAUUGCAGCACCCGAUCCCAAGCUCCCCGCCAACGUGCUCGAACAGGAACUGGACGAGGUCAUUGAAGGUCUGGCAGAUGUCAAUGCGGUCAAGAGAAGCAAGCCUGGGCAGAUUGAAGUCCGCAUCACUCGCAUCGUCGACUUGGGACAUGGUUCUCAGAGCGACUGGAGUCGCGCCGAGGAAGAAAGUCAGGAAGAGGAUGCGGAGGGCACUCAUACCGUUUCAGUCUGCGAGCCAUGGCAGAGAAUGCGCGUCAAGGCGUGUGCGUGGCGUGCUUAUGACGAGAGCGAGGAGUACUACGCCAAAUUCAUCUUUCAGUACAUGGCCAUCGAGAAGUUGGUCAACUUGGGAUUGUGCACCGCUGACGGCGAACCGUUGGAGCACCUACGACCGAACAUCGGGGCGAGUCCAAUCUCGUCGCUCUCCAACAGUGCCAGUGCAAGUUCGCAAGCCAGUUCUCUGAAGCGCUUGAGAAGCUAUUCCACACCUAUUCCCAAAGGAGACACGAGUGAACUUGGCGCAUAUCCAUGGUCGACGGACGAGGAGGAUCACGGUACGGCAGAUACAGAGUCAAGCGAUGACAGUGAUCGCCCUCGAAAGCGCCACGAGGCUACCAUUGCGAAGGUCAAGCCGCGUGCGUUCAAGAAACUCACCGGUUCCGGAGUGAAGCAGUCCGCUCUGCAGGGACGUUUUCUCAUGCCGGACUUGAAUCGGAAUGGCGCCGGAGUGCACAAUGAGGGCUCGAAUGGAGUGGAGUUGGAGGAACGCAAGGACAGUUCGGGUGUAGGCGACAAACCGGUAUUGGUGGAAGCGGAAGAUGGUGGAGAAGACAAGAUCGAGUAG